AUGGCGCAUACCUUAACCCUCAAGGAGAUCUCCCAGCACAAGACGAAAGACGAUCUAUGGCUUAUUAUCCACAACAAAGUCUACGAUGUUACAAAGUUCCUAGACGAGCAUCCUGGCGGUGAAGAUGUCGUACUCGACCUAGCCGGACAAGACGCUAGCUCCGCAUACGACGAUGUAGGACAUAGUGACGAAGCAGGGGAGGUGCUGAGCACCCUGCAGAUAGGGACGGCUGGUGAUUCGGCAACGACAACGACGCUAUCUUCUGCACCAGGCGUCACUCAGACCUCACCCACUUCCGGGAUUCCCAGUGGCGCAGUGUAUCUUGGGGGACUCGUCGGCAGUUUGGUUGCUGUUGGAUUGUAUUUAAACUUUACUACGCAAGUUGGCGCCUGA